CAUCUGUGCCCCAGGAGUAAUUUCUAUAUAAAGAAUUUAAUUGUCUUUUCCACAAGUGUAAUCACUACUAGCUCUUUCCCCCAAGGUUAUAUGUAGGCUGCGUUAACAUAUCUGAAAAGAUAGAUUUAAGACUGCCUUAUCCUUGUACAUUAGUUAUAAACAUAAUAUAGAAGUACAUUUGCUUCCCUAUGGACUGUAUUUCUUGAUCACCACUGUGGACCAGUGAUUUUUUCUUCCUAGAACAAGACCAAUGAUAGGAGCUCAUUGGGGACAAUGUAACUCUUCAUACUUGCAACACCAAAAGGAAAAAGACAAUUGCAGAUGCAGAAGAAAGCUACCAUAUUGUCAAGUGAUUUGAAGCUGUUUUGCAUCAGUCUGCAGAACUGGUUUCUGCUGUGGCUUAAGCAGGAUGAACAAACCAAAGAGAGAUUUUCUCUUCUGCAGAAAUAGUGACAGUGACAAUUGUUCUCCUUAAAGUAAGUUAGAAGACUGCAUGCAAGCACUCUGAAGAAAUGAAAGAAGUUGAGCUCUGGUCACGCAAGGAAGUGGCAGAUUGGUUGUUGGAGAAUGCGGUGCCCGAAUACUGUGAACCACUGAAGCAUUUAUCUGGGCAUGAUUUGAUCAACCUAACCAAGGCUGAUUUUGAGAAACCCCCUUUGUCGCGAGUGACCUCUGACAGUGGACAGCAGCUCUUAGACAUGAUAGAGACUUUGAAAAUAGAACACCACAUUGAGGCACACAAAAAUGGGCACGCCAACGGCCACCUAAGCAUCAGCACAGAAGCCCCAACCAGCGAAAAUGGCUUCAGCAAAACCCCCAAACAAAAUGGGGUGCCAAAUGGCUACAGGAAAGAAAUGAUAAAAAUCCCCAUGCCAGACCUGGAACGUUCUCAGUAUCCUUUGGAGUGGGAGAAGACGCUUCUGGCUUUCCUUUAUGCGCUCUGCUGUUUCUUCCUGACCACGGUGACAAUCUCACUUGUCCACGAACGAGUGCCUCCGAAAGAGGAGGAGCCCCCCCUGCCGGAUGCUUUCUUUGAUUACUUUAACCGGGUUCAAUGGGCCUUUUCUAUCUGUGAAAUUAAUGGUUUGAUCCUUGUGGGACUUUGGUUAGUUCAGUGGCUGCUUUUAAAAUACAAGUCUAUUAUUGGCAGAAGAUUUCUUUGUAUAGUUGGCACAUUGUACUUAUACCGGUGUAUUACAAUGUAUGUAACGACACUCCCAGUACCUGGCAUGCAUUUCAACUGUUCUCCAAAGCUUUUUGGCGACUGGGAGUCACACAUGAGGAGGAUCAUGAAGCUGCUUGCCGGGGGUGGUCUCUCAAUCACAGGAGCACAUGACAUGUGUGGUGACUACCUAUACAGCGGCCAUACGGUGAUGUUAACUCUGACAUACUUAUUUAUCAAAGAGUAUUCACCUCGGCGAUUCUGGUGGUAUCAUUGGAUUUGCUGGGCUCUCAGCAUAGUUGGGAUGUUCUGUAUUCUCUUGGCUCAUGAUCACUACACUGUGGAUGUGGUGGUGGCUUACUACAUCACUACAAGACUUUUCUGGUGGUAUCAUACCAUGGCCAAUCAACAAGUGCUAAAAGAAGCUUCGCAGACUAAUCUUCUUGCACGGGUGUGGUGGUACAAACCUUUCCAGUACUUUGAAAAGAAUGUCCAAGGCAUUGUACCACGUUCCUAUCAUUGGCCUUUUUCCUGGCAGGCUUUGCAUCUGGGUCGGUCAGCAAAAUACAGCAAACUGGUGAAUGAUACAUAACGGAUAACAAAAAGGAGAUGGCGAGAGAACUGUCCAAAAGUGCUCAGACCUCCCCAAGAUGUGUCACCAUAACAAUUGAACUGGUCCCUUAAUUCUACCUUUUAACCAUUACCUUGACUUAAAUCUCUUACCUGGUAAGCACUGUGAUAACUUUUUUUCCUCCAAAGGAUUUGCGAUGGACAACAAUAAAGAUAUGGUAACUUAUCAUGCACUGUAUACAUUUCUUGUCAAUAGAUUAUGGAUUUGCGUUGCUCAUCACCAUGUUUCUUUGUAUAUGAUGCAGCAACAUAACAAAAAAUGCUUUUAUAUCAUAAGUUCUGGUCUUUCCAGUCAAGUCUGGGAAUGAAGCAUAUUAUUUUCUUGGGAAAACAUAAUUUUCAUAUCUCUUGCCCCAAAGAUUGGGCUGUAAGCCAUUUUCUAGCAAAUAUCUAUAUGAAGGUUUCUAAAUACCUGACUGAGAUAAAUAUACAGGAAUCUUUCUAUCUGUUUCACUGAAGCUACAAAUGAUAGACACAGAAAGGUUUGGUAAUUGAUUUUGUAAAUCUGCAGUGACAGUGUCAAACGGUGCAAAAAAAAAAUUAUUCUGUUGUAAAGUGAUUUUCUAAGUAUUUACUAACUUUAUUUUUCAAAAGAUAAUGCAUUCAAAUGAAUUCUAAAAAAGGUUUUUACAUGAUAGAGAAAAGAGUUAAACUUUAAAAAAUGCUUUUUGGGAAAAAGAUCUGUCUGUUCUUAGUGCCUUUCUUGUCUUGAUAGUAUGGUCAGUAGGCAGUCUUUACAAUCUUUUGUUUAAAAUAAAGUAUUCCACAAAACCAAGAUUAUAUGUAUUAUACACAUUAUCAAAUUUUGAUUUUUAUAUCUAAAACUAGAAAUCUGCUUGCAAUAUCCAGAUGACUGAAUUGGGUGGAGGGGGGGGCUUUACUAUGAUAAUCAUGUCUUCACACUUUGUGAGCAGAUUAGAAUGAAAUAUACUGUUUAAAUUAUUUUAUUGUCUACUUCAUACAUGGAUUUUAACUAUAGCAAGAAAACAGCCAUGACGUCCUUAUUAUAAGUUUAUUUUUCAAAGUAUAAACAAAUAAAAAUAAAUUCAAAUUAUAAA